AUGCCACAGGAAGGCACCAGUGUUCUCCCUUUCUGGAACUGUGACAUUCUAUCAGUUGCCUUUUGGAUUAGUCUCCGUGAAGAUAACUCGAGUUCUGAGUCCUUGACUUGUGGAACAAAACAAGAUAUGGAGAGCUUUCUAGUGUCAUUUUCAGAGCUUAGUCUUCCCAAAUGUCCUGGAAAAGAUGAUAAGAAAGUCUGUGGCCAGACCAAGGUCUACCUUAGACCUUCUCUCCUAGUUCAUGUUCAGGCUAUCAUCCAGCCACCAGACUUCCUCUCAGAUUCUCUGCACACCCUCAGUGGACCUGUCUUUCAGAAGUGCCACAUUUUGCCUUUUACAAUGCCAGCAUUUCAUGAAACUUUACUUAUCCUUGGAUUUAAUCAAAAUUUGAAGGAUAGCUGUCUUCAGUCACUGCUGGAUCAGCUGAAGAGCAUUCUAGAUAGCCUUCUGACCCAAACAUUGCCGGAGGGCUCUAAGUUGAGCAGACCAGUGGAAUUUGUUCUUCAACCAAAUGGAAAAGAUUAUAUGAUUUGUGAGAAUGCUCAUCAUUUUGGCUCACAUUGUGCCAAGGAUCUAAUUAUUGGAUCUGUCACCACAUCUGGCAUAAAUAUUAUACAUAGAGACCAGUGUUUUGUGUUUGUGUCUGUGAACUUGGACUUAUUAGCCAUGCUUAUCUGGGGUAUCUCUGACUGGAGAAUGUUGUGGGCCUUUGAUAACCGUUUCCCGAAAAAUUUUGUCCCUGGGAAAAUAGAACUCUUUAAGAGCUAUUCUCUGUAUCCUCCAUGCUAUGGGCAUGAUAUCAGUUUUUGGUUAGAUGAGAAGAAAGGAUUGGAUGAACCGGAGUUUCAUACUGUAGUCCGAGCAAUAUCCCAGGACAUUGUUGUAUCCAUACAAUUCCUUAGCCGUUUUCAGCCUCCAAAGACUGAACAGGUCAGUCUCUGCUAUAGAUUGACCUAUCAGGCCUGUGACAAGGCCCUCACCCAGCAGCAGGUAGCAACAAUGCAGUCCCAGUUUAGGAAGGAGAUUCAACAACGACAACAUGUUACACCUCGGUAG